GGGCCUGAGUCUGCGGAGAAAAGAGACACAGAUUAAACUGAGAGUUGAGGCGAUGUCGUCCGGCGUCGCCCUCGACCCGCUGCCUCCUGACCACUUCCUCUGCUCCAUCUGCACAAACGUCUUCACCGACCCCGUCACCACGCCCUGCGGACACAGCUUCUGUAAGUCCUGCCUCCGUCGCCGCUGGGACCGGGGCGACUUCUGCCAGUGCCCCACGUGCAGCAAACGAUUCCGCGCCCCUCCCGAAAUGAGCACCGACUCGGUCCUGGACGAGGUGUCCGUCCCGCUCAAACGCAGACGAGUCCAGAUUCCAGAGGACGCGGACGGAGCGCUCCCGGUGGAUUGUGACAUCUGCACCGGAAAAGCCUCAAGAGCCGUGAGGUCGUGUUUGGUUUGUCAGGCGUCGUUUUGUUCUGCGCAUUUAGAGGAUCAUCUGCGGGUCCCAGGGCUAAAGCGGCACAAGCUAAUCCAGGCCGUGGACAACAUGGACGACAGAGUUUGUCCCGUACACAAUAAAGCGCUGGACUUGUUCUGUCGCGACGAUGGAGUGAGCGUCUGCGUCCUCUGCCUGGACUCGGAGCACGAGGAGCACAGGGUCGUGUCUAUGGAGGAGGAGGGAGCGCGGCAGAAGGAAAAUAUUGAUUCUCUGAUGCGUCAAAUCCAAACGAUGAUUGACGAGAGAAAGGACAAAAUAAAGGAGUUCAAAGGCUCUUCAGGAAUCAGAAAACAGACGGUCCAGAAGGUGAACCGAAACAUGGACGCCGUUUUGAACAUAUUCACAAAAGACGUGCAAAAGACCCGGACCAAAGUGAGAACGAGACUCCAGGAAAAACUCCAGAGAUACAAGGAACGAGACGAGAGAACGGUCCGAGAGCUGGAGGAGGACAUCGGGAAACUGCAGAAGAAGAAGUCAGACCUGGAGGAGCUGAGGAGGAGAGAAGAUCCACUGUGUGUGCUGCAGACGCUGCAGAGGCUGAGCGGCCCGUCUGAGGUCAGGGAGUGGACGGGAGUCGUGUCCUCCUCAGAUGUUUGCCUGGACACGGUGAGACUCGCUGUGGCUAAAAUGGUGCACAAGUUUCACUCCGUGCUCAAAAUACUGACAGAAGAAGAGAUCAACAAAAUGAAGCAAUACAAAGAGUCGUUAACCUUUGACCCCAACACCGCCGGCCGCCAUCUUUUCGUGUACAACUUUGACAAACGCAUCAAGCACCACAAAUACCCCGCCCUAUUGGUGUCGGACGGUCCGCGCAGGUUCGGCGUGGCCAGGGUCUUCUCCGCUCAGGGCUUCAGCUCCGGGCGUCACUACUGGGAGGUCCGGGUCGGCCUCCGAGGAACCUGGGACGUGGGUGUCGCCUUAGAAACGGUAUCCAGGAACGCCGACGUUACGGUUCAACCCCGCAACGGAUUUUACGCCAUCAGAAAAGAUGGUCUCACUUAUACGGCGAGCUGCGUGCCGCCGAAAGUCCUUAACCUGGCCCCGAGACCCAACGUGAUCGGAGUUUUUCUGGACUUGGACGACGCGAGGGCGUCUUUCUACGACGUCGAAAGGAAAGUUCAUAUUUACUCGUUUAUAGGAGAAAAGUUUAAGGGAAAGGUGUUUCCGUAUUUUUAUCUCCACAGCAGCGCAAAGAAAUCUGAACCGAUGGAACUGAGCGCCAUCCGGGACGGCGAGGGCGCCACGGGGAACGGACUGAACAAAAUGGAGGAACAACAAAAACAGGAAAUGACGUUUAGUGUGAAGAGCACCCACAGAGAGCCCGCAGAGCGCCCACAGAGCGCCCGCAGAGCGCCCACAGAGAGCCCACAGAGAGCCCACAGAGCACCCACAGAGCGUCCACAGAGCGCCCACAGAGCGUCCACAGAGCGCCCACAGAGCGCCCACAGAGCGCCCGCAGAGCACCCGCAAGAGCACCCGCAGAGCACCCACAGGGCACCCAUGUCUGAGCGCCCGCUGUGCUGCAUCUGUCUGGAGGACUUCACGUGUCCAGUGGCGCCCCCCUGUGGACAUGUGUUCUGUCUCAGUUGUAUUGGAGAUUAUUGGAGAGUCCAGGGUCAGUGUGUGUGUCCUGUGUGUAAAAACCACUACAGGACACGACCACACCUCCACAUACUGCACAGAGGAGGAGCAGGAGGAGCAGGAGGAGGAGGAGGAGCAGGACGGGGGAGUGAUGAAGACCCGGUUCCUCUGGCUCCUCUUCGUCCUGGUGAGGUCCCAUGUGACCUUUGCCCCGCCCCCCGCGCCGCCGUGAGGUCGUGCGUCACCUGCCUGCGCUCGCUCUGCCCUCUGCACCUACGGCCGCACUACCAGGACGCAGAGCUGGGGCGCCAUCUGCUGGUGGGCGUGGUGAAGAACCUGGAGGGGGCGCUGUGCUCGGUGCACGGCAGGAGACUGGAGCGGGUCUGCAAGACUGACCGGACGUGUAUCUGCGCCGUGUGCGUGCAGACUGACCACUGGGGGCACCGCAGUGUCAGCGUGAAGAGGGAAGCCGCCAAAAGAAAGGUGCAGCUGAUGCGCAGACAGAACGCUCUGACGCAGACGAUGCAGGAGACGCUGAGGAGCGUGGAGGAGCUCAGAGCCACCGCAGACGUCCUGGACAAACACCUCCUCCUGGAGCUGGAGGCCGAACUGUGCGAGCUCCAGAAGAGCCACGAGCAAAUCCAACGGCUCCUGCGCACGGAGCACAGCCUGCACUUUAUCCAGAGUUUUCUGCUCAUGGCUCCGUUCUGACAGAGGGAUGAACAUAUCAAGUUUUAUUUAUUUAUUUUUUAUUUUUUUAAACCAUUUUUAAUUUUUAAAACUGUGAUUUUUUAAUUUAUUUUUUAAUAUUUUAAAUAUAAAAUACUGUGAUUGUGUCGGGAUGAAUUUACAUUUGUUUUCAUAUCUUUGCAAACUUGAUCAUGUUGGGUAAUAUGUGUACCAUGCGCCUCCUGCUGGCUGAAACACGCCUCUACAGUCACAUGUCACUGUCUGGUUUUAGUCGAAGGAUCUGGCAGCUCCAGAGUGAGGCUCAUUCUGCUCUGUGAUUGGAUGAUGGUCAUGUGACACAGUAAACUCAGUAUUUGAUUUGUUUGUGUCAGAUAAAGUCAC